AUGGGAAAUCUGUUGGGCAGCUGGCGUUUCAAGGAGCCCAGCACCAUUGAGGAAUGCGACUCGACGUGGGGGUCGGACUCGGAGGGCGAGGAGCCGCCAGCUGAGGAUGACAGCGGGAUCUCCGACUCCAUCAGCCCGGCGGAGAGCGAGCGGGCCUCGGGUCAGGCGGGGGACACCUCCCCUCAGCUGAUGGAUUCUCCAGAGGCGGCUCCAAAGAUGAAGAGGAGUUUUUACGCUGCCAGGGAUCUCUACAAAUACCGUCACAGCUAUCCGAACUUCAGAAAAUCCCGGCAGCCCAAUGAGUAUCGAAACCUGCGCUUCUACAUGAACAAGAUCCCUCUGGUGCCUGAUGGCAUCUACAUAGAAGAGAUCCUCACAAAGUGGAGAGGCGACUACGACAAACUGGAGCACAAUCACACCUACAUUCAGUGGCUGUUUCCAUUAAGAGAACAAGGGCUCAACUUCUACGCACACGAACUGACUCAGGACGAGAUCAAAGAAUUCCAAAGCACUCGUGAAGCAAAGCGGAGAUUUGUCGCCGCCUAUUCCAUGAUGUUGGACUUCUAUGGCGUCAAACUGUUGGAUAAAAACGGCAACGUUAUCCGGGCCCCCAACUGGAGGGAACGGUUCCAGCACCUCAAUGAAUCCCACCAUAAUUACCUACGGAUCACUCGAAUCCUGAAGUCCCUGGGAGAACUCGGCUACGAGGCUUUCAAAGCUCCACUGGUUCGCUUUUUCCUGGAGGAGUCUCUGUGCAACGGCACCCUCCUUAAUAUGCAGCACAGCGCACUGGAGUAUUACGUGUACACCAUCCGGCUGCCGGCAGCCCGCCGACGCCUGCUGCGCUACGCCCGCCAACACUACAGGCCUCCCCACGCCUUCCUGUGGGGACCACCGUCUAAAAAACGAGCCAGUGGAAGUGUGGGUGCUGGAAGUAGUGGGAUCAGAGCUCCUGCGCCAACACCGGAGCAACAGCGGAGGGGAGAGGAGAACACCCCAAUCUUGUCUUCCCAUGAUGCCAUCAUGUGCCAGGAGCUGGCUGGAGGAGGGAUUAAUGGCUGUGCAGAGCUGGGUUCCAGCGGUGCCGGCGUGCAGAGAGCACUGAUGCUCGUAGAACCUUCCAUGCCGAUGAAAAAAGGAGAUGCGGAGCGAUGCUGAUACGACUCUGAUGUUGUGUUUUUUUAGACAAUCCUUGUCUUCCUGUUUAACACACUACAUUUUAGGAAUUGCUGCAAAUCUGAGAUAAUAGAAGCUUUGUUUGUCUAGAUUUUACAGAUUUUAGGUAAAGGUGUAAACUUGAAUUUCAUGGACUGCAAACAUACUUUUAGAAAUGUAUCUGCAGCUGCUCUUAAUGUGUCAGGCAUUUUGAUUUUAAAAUAACAUGUAUAAAAUAGAUCAAUAGCUGUACUGUAGUGAUGAAGAGUCCUAUAUAACACCGACUUCUAGUUAGAGUUUUCUAUAAAGAUUCAUAUUUGUUAAGAAGUCCUUUGGCAUUUGUUUUGGUUUAUAUUUUUAAGCUAUAGUGUAAAUGUAUUUUGACACAGAUUUGUGUGUCUGUAAGAACUGUAAAACUUAAAGCCAUGUGCGAAGCGAGCCAGAACUUUUGGGGGAUUUAAAAAAAAAAAGACAUUUCUACGUGACUUUGUUGGCCGCUCUUCCUGAUAAAAACGAGCCGACAGAGUUUGCAUCUCUCAUUAGCCAAGUGUAUCUGAUUUAAUUGUAAAUGUACGUUUCAGUUGAAUUUGACUAAAACAUGGGCUAGAGUAGUUAACUGUGCACACAUAUAUGUGUCGGAUAUUCUUAAGUGCCUCUUUUGUAAAUUUUCUUUUUAUUCAUGUGCUGAAACGAGUGUCCUUAUCACGUCUUCCACAUCCUGUUUUUGUACAGCUUUUGUAUGUUUAAGUUAGCAUUUAUGCAGCCACAGCAUAGAUACACUUUACUGUGGCGUUUAGAACGGCGAGGUACUUGGUCCUUGCUACCUGAACGCUUCAUUGUCAUUGUUUGAUGGCUGGAUUCUUUUUUGCAUAAUGGGCAAAAAAGUGGACGAAAGUCGCGCAAAAUGUGACAUUUUCUUCCAUGUACAAAUACGAGUGUGAAUUAGAAGUUUUGUCAUCCGAUGUGUGAAAAUACUGUGCUUGCAAAGCUGAUUAAACAACACUCAUGCUUUAAAGGGACUGUAUUCUUUAUUGGAUGGCUAUUCUCUAUGUAAUUCAAAGAAAUGAUUAUUAAAAACUUAAAAAACUACA